CGCCACUGGCCCCGCCCCGCUGCCGCGCGGCUCUUCCUGCUUCGGCUCCGCCGCUUCCGGCUCCGUCUCUUUAAGGCCCUGAGGCGCGGCGGCCGGUGCUGCCGGCACUGGAUGACCAUAACUAAACCAUGUCUGUACCACGUGGAGCUGUCCAUGCAAAAUGGAUAGUCGGGAAAGUCAUAGGAACCAAAAUGCAGAAAACGGCCAAAGUGAGAGUGACGAGGCUGGUGCUAGAUCCUUACUUAUUAAAGUUCUUUAACAAACGAAAAACCUAUUUUGCCCACGAUCCGUUGCAGCAGUGUGUUGUUGGAGACAUUGUUCUUCUGAAAGCUUUGCCUGAGCGGAGGAGCAAACACGUGAAACACGAACUGGCUGAAAUUGUUUUCAAGGUUGGAAAAGUCAUAGAUCCAAUAACAGGAAAGCCCUGUGCAGGAACCAGAUUCCUUGAAAAUCUGUCAGAUUCAGAAAAUCUGACGGAGGCAGAUACUACUUAUCUAAGUGAAAAACUUCAGGAACUUAAAGUUUGUUCAACAAAUAGUGGGGAAAAAGUUUAACCAGAGGGCUUUUCAGCUUGUCUCUGCCAGGGAUGUUUGAGGCCCUGCUGGUUUAUGUUAAAUGUUUCAGUGAAAUCUGUAGUCAAAAUAAAUAGUAAAUAUAUAGUUGCUUAUAAGAACGGAUGUGGAUGUUGCAGCUUGAUAGGUACCUUGACUCUAAAUUAAAAUACAUAGAAAGUGUGAGUUUAGUGUCAACACUUCAUUUUGUUUCAUGUAGCUUUGCCCUAAUCCUUGACUGUUUCAAAAGCUGGUUGUUCACUUGAAUGACUCUUCUGUAUUGAGAAAGACAAAAAUAUAACUGUAUAAUGUUUAAGUUUGGUGGGAGGGUCAUUAUAUUUGAUUGUUCUGUAUUUCAGACAGUCUCUUGUGUUUUGUAGGAUUACUUAAGAUAAUGCUAUUAAACCUUUUGAAAGGAAGUGUAGAAUUUUAAAA